UCUUUGCAUGUUAACAUAACAUAUCAUGGAAGCGAAAACAACAGAGUCUGACGCUGAGCCUGUGGUUUGUAGCCAAGAAUGGCUUUCAUCCCUGCCAAAAGCCAAAGGCAUAACUGAAGACUACACUUAUCAAUACCAAGGAUUCUGGUUUGGUUCUAUAAGUUUGAAAGGCUUGAUCGACUGUCAACAACAUUUUCGACCUCGACAAAACGAUGUCUUCCUUGUAACUCCACCCAAAUCUGGCACCACCUGGAUGAAAGCCAUUCUCUAUGCUUUACUUAACCGCCAGAAACAUCAUCCUCAAGAUGCUCAUCACCCUCUGCGACAAAAAACUCCUCAUCAGCUUGUCCCUUUUAUCGCAUUAACUAAGCCGUCCGAAUAUGACUCCUUCUUCUUAGACAGCAGCAGUAGGAUCUUUGCCUGCCAUUUUCCAAUAGUCUGCCUCCCCAAGUCCGUAACAGAGGACGAUGAUGGAUCAACUAACAUCAAGAUUGUGUAUUUGUGCAGGGACAUCAAGGACACUUUUGUUUCACUCUUUCACUUCGCCAAUAAUACUGGUGUUCGAUCUUCUCCCAUUUCUUUGGAGGAGGCAUUUCAUUUGUUCUGCCAAGGCACAAACUUGGCUGGUCCUAUAUGGGAUCAAAUCUUGGGAUAUUGGCAAGAAAGCCUGGAAAGACCAAACAAGGUGCUGUUUAUGAGGUAUGAAGAGUUGAAGUCUGAGCCUCAUACUCAAAUCAGGCGUCUGGCGCGGUUUCUGGGAAGACCCUUCUCACCAGAAGAGGAAUUAAUGGAAAUGGUUGAUCAGAUCACGAGUUUGUGUAGUUUUGGGAGCAUGAGCAAACUACAGGUUAAUAGCACUGGACAUUUGUUGCCUGGACUAAGCAAUUCUUCCUUUUUUCGGAAUGGUCAAGUUGGAGAAGGAAAUAAGUGUCUAACUCCAGAGAUGGCUGCCAAGUUGGAUCACAUUACCCAGGAAAAGUUCGGUGGUUCAGGAUUAAAACUUUGAAAUAUCAUCAUCACUUAUAUACAUUAUGGCCAAAAAUAUCGAAUUUAAGUGUAUUUGUUGUUUGUAUUAUUGAUCUUCUUGUUGGCUUGAUUGUGUGCCUUUCUUUUAUGUCCAUAGUAGUAUGAGUUUAAGAUGGCUUAUCAUCAUAGUGUUUUAUGUGUUUGAGAAACUUUCCUUUUAUCUCUACAA